UUCAGAGCACUGUCUAGUGGGUCUAGAUGACCCAACUCCCAAUGUUAAAGUGCCUAGGAUAGCACAAGGCUUAAAUCUGCAGCGAUGGAGUGAAAAAGCAGAGGAACCCGAUAAAGAAAGAGGGUUCUGGAGACUCUUCUGUUUGCUUUGGUGAGAACUUUGGCUUCUUUAUGACUUUGAGUCCUAAGCUUGAGAAGGUUCCCUUCAGGACUGUUGUCUUUCCUCCAAGUAAGGUUCGUGUCCACAAAUCCUCUGCCGGUCACCAGUCUAUGUGUCAUAUGUAUACAAUCCAGGUGUUUUAUUAGUCUGCUUUGGUCUCAUUUCACUACAAAGUGCCUCAGGCAGCGACAGCAGAAUGCUGACAGGACUGUUAUUUACCGCUUAGCCUCCAGCAUCACGCUGUGCCGGGGCAGCAGUAGUGAGCGGCUGUGACAGUGGACGGUUGGAGGAGAUCCCAUAAGAGACAGGUAUCGGUGAAGAUCAAACCGCUGUGAACUCAAAGCUCAGCUCUCCCUUUGGCCGGCAGCCUAAAUCAAGGUGACCUGCCAGGUUACAGCUGACAUUUUACACCUGAGCUGCAGUUUGUCUGCAGGCUGUAAUGAGCAGCAGAGUGGAACCUUCUUCACCUUGAAGCGCUCUGUGGCUCCGCCUCGCUCAAAGAGCAGGCAGCGAUGGCGGAGGGGAAGCCGUACAGGUACGGGCUGAUCGUGGCCGGUCUGGGUGUGGUGGCGGUGGGCCUCUUCAUCAUGACGCAGGAGCAGCCUCACGUCUACGUUACCAUGUGCGUUCUGGGCGUCAGCAUGGUGUGUGUCGGGACGGCGUGGAGCCUCUGCCAGUGCUAUCCCCAGGUGAGUGUGACCGCUGAGAUCCGGAGGGACAGCCUGGAUGGUUUGGUGCGUCCUGCAGCAGCAGAAGGAGAUGAGAGGGGCGCCGAGGCGCCGCCAGCUCCCUGCGGUCAGAAGACCAGCGCUUUUGUCCCUGAAGUGGAGAAGAGUCGCAGCUGUCCAACUCUGCAACUGGUCUGAAGGAGACACACCUUCAUCCCAGGACCAGACACAGCAACACUGGGCCCCAUCCUGCUGUCACAACCACGAACUCCCAGAAUGCAUCUGUGCUGCUGCUUGCUGGAUGGCAGUGCCCCCAUGGUUGCUGCAGUCUGGCCGAACAUUUCUGAAAAAGAAUGAUGGGGAAAUGUAAGAGUGCUGCAUCACUUUGAGUCUUCGUGAAGUUAACAAGUGAUUGACAUGGGUUCACCAGAAGAUGGCGCUGUUUGCUACAUGACUAGAAACGAUUGGCGUGCACGUUUGUGGAUUACUAAAUAACAAAACCUGACACCAACUUCAGCAGCAAUCAGUGUUUUUGCUGACUUUGAUUCCAUGUGAUGCUCUGGAAGCCCGUCUUUCUGCAGAACCUGCUCUCAUUUCUUCUGGGUGGAAAAUUCUGGGAUGUUUCCUAAGAAAAACACUGAACAUGAGUGCUGCUGUGAUUUCUGUGUGAUUGUUGCUGAUGUGACAGCAAUGAGGCCAUCACAGACUUAGAGCGGACGUCUCCCAGUGUAGGUUUUUUCAGUGGAAACAGAUCUAAAACGCAGAUUCCUGUCAUCUGAAUUGAAGCAAACACUUGCAAUGAUGUGACCUCCUGAAGAAAAGGGCAUGUAAACAUGUGAACAAACACACCUUAACGUCUUUGAUUUCAAAUUCAAACUCCAGAUGUAUAAUAUCUCCUCUAACUUAGAACAUGUCAUAAGAAAUGUUUUUACUGGAAAUGCUGCUCAGACCUCAUCUGAUUUCCAAGCAUUCAAACUUUGUAGCAUUAAAUGCAGAAAACAGG